UCAUGAAUGAUUAGAAGUUUGUAAACAAAAGAAACAGUAUCCUUUUUUUUCUAUUUCUAAAUUUUAUAUAAUAGUAUUUAUAUACUGAAAUAUGGCAUCCGCAGAUGCGGUUACGACGAUGUGUGUUUAUGUUACAGUUUUCUGACAAGUUUUGGAAUUGUUUGUAAUGAGUAUGUGAUUCAAACAAAUUAUCUAAGUGAAUGAAAUUAUAAAAUGGAUUUGGAUGAUGAGGGUAUAGAAGAUGAAAAUAUAAAUAGUCACAUUGAAUUUCCUGCUGAAGUUCAAAAUGCUAUUGAACAGGUUCUUCCCAGCACCGAUCCCCUUGACCAUCCAGACUUCAAUGCUGUUGAUUACAUUAAUAUGUUAUUUCCAACUGAACAGUCAUUGUCCAAUAUUGAUGAUGUAACUGGCCGUAUGAAAAUGAAAAUCAGGCAGCUUGAUGAUGAAAUCCGUACUGUUGUACGUGGUCAAACAAGUGUCGGCCAAGAUGGUAGACAAGCUUUGGAAGAAGCACAAAAAGCAAUUAAACAGUUGUUUGCACGUAUAAAAGAUAUAAAAGAUAAAGCAGAGAAGUCUGAACAUAUGGUAAAAGAAAUUACGCGUGACAUCAAACAAUUAGAUCAUGCUAAAAGGCAUCUUACUGCUUCAAUACUUACAUUAAAUCAGUUACAUAUGCUGGUAGAUGGAGUAGAGAAAUUACAAGUAUUGGUCAAGAAACGUCAAUAUGGAGAAAUAGCCAAUCUGCUGCAAGGUGUCACUAAUGUCUUAGAUCAUUUUCAAAAAUAUAUGAACAUUCCUCAAAUAGCCAGACUGGCUGAUAAAUCUCAGAGUAUAAAAGCAGAAUUGACAGAACAAAUAACCAAUGAUUUCCAUAAUGCCUUUGCUGGUCCAAAUUCCAAGAAUUUUACUGCUAAUCAACAAUUAGCUGAAGCUUGUUUAGUGGUUUCAAUCCUUGAACCAAAAGUGAAACGUGAUUUGCUGAAGUGGUUUGUGGGCAUUCAGCUGUCUGAAUAUUGUCAUCUAUUUCAAGAAACUCAAGAUAUUGCAUGGCUAGAUAAAAUUGAAAAACGAUAUGCAUGGUUGAAAAAAAAUUUAGUUGCCUUUGAAGAAAAAUUUGGACACAUGUUUCCGCCUGAUUGGGAAAUGAGCGAACAUAUUGCUGUUGAAUUUUGUCAUAUCACUAGAAAAGAACUUGGAAAAAUAAUGUUGUCAAGGAAAAAUGAAAUAAAUGUACAGCUUUUGUUGUUUGCCAUUCAGAAAACUACUAACUUUGAAUCUUUACUUGCUCAACGGUUCUCUGGUGUAACCUUGGAUUCAACAUUACUGUACCAGUUUGUUAAAAAAGAGGGCCCUAAUCCUUUUGAAGAAACUGAUGAUAACAAUCCUUUUAAAGAAGAUAUUCAAAAAGAAACAGAAGGCCUUAAUCCAGAAACUGCCUCAACUGGAAGUGCUUCAGUUGCAAAAGUAAAAAAUCCAUUUCAAGGUAUUAUCUCCAGAUGUUUUGAGCCUCACUUAAAUAUCUAUGUUGAAUAUCAAGAUAGAAAUUUAGCUCAGCUGAUGGAUGGCUUUGUGGAAGAUAUGCAAAAAGCUGAGCUUCCAAAGGCUGAAAUUAGUAGAGCAAAUGUUUUACCCUCUUGUGCAGAUCUAUUUGUGUUUUACAAGAAAUGUCUUGUUCAGUGUUCUCAAUUGAGCAUUGGUCAUCCUCUCUUAGCUUUGACUUCUGUUUUCCAAAAGUAUCUUAGAGAAUAUGCAACUCGAGUUUUACAGAAUAGCUUACCAAAGGUUGGAAAUAAUGCUCCUUCUGCAAAUUUAAUACAAAGUCUUCUAAAAGAAGGUGAAGUUGCUAGAUUCAGUCCAUCAGAGCAAAUACACAUUUGUAGUAUUCUGACAACUGCAGAUUAUUGCUUGGAAACAACUUUGCAGCUUGAAGGAAAAUUGAAAGAAAAGGUUGAUCCUACACUAUCAAAUCAAAUUAAUCUUCAAUCUGAACAAGAUGUUUUUCACAAUGUAAUAUCUAAUUGCAUUCAACUACUUGUUCAGAAUUUAGAAUUAGCUUGUGAACCAGCUCUAACAGCAAUGACGAAAAUACAGUGGGCUGCAUUUGAAGCUGUAGGUGAUCAAAGUAGUUAUGUUACUGCUAUCACAACUCAUCUACGGCAAACUUUACCACUGCUCAGGGAUAACUUAUCCACAUCUCGCAAGUACUUUACAAAGUUUUGCAUGAAUUUUGCCAACUCUUUCAUUCCAAAAUUGAUUGGUCAUUUAUUCAAAUGCAAACCAGUAAGUCCGAUUGGUGCAGAACAGUUACUUCUUGACACACAUAUGCUUAAAACCAUUUUAUUGGAUCUGCCUUCUCUUGGAUCAGUAUCCAUGAGGAAACCACCUCCCAUGUAUACAAAAAUAGUUGUUAAAGGAAUGACUAAAGCUGAAAUGAUAUUAAAGGUUGUUAUGGCACCACAUGAAAAUGCUGAAAGUUUUGUAGAUAAUUACAUGAAACUAUUACCUGAAUCUGAUAUUACAGAAUUCCAAAAAGUUUUAGAUAUGAAGGGCCUUAAGAAAAAUGAGUUGAGUGUAAUGACUGAUAUUUUCCGUUCUCGCCAACCUGCAGUGCCAACAACAGGUGGACAUCAUCAAGAGCAGGAUGUUAAUGCUUUACCUAUGUUAUCAAGUACACCAGAACAUGAAUCUAGUCGAAUACGAAGAUUAGAAAAAUUAAUUAAAAGGUUAUAAUGCAAAUGUAGUUUUAUAUCUGUUUUUUUAAAUACAAAUUUAUUUAAUUUGUU